UCAUCAGUAAAGAAAGCACAAAUGUAGAAUCAUUAGAGUCGUCCAAAGGCACCGUUGGAUCAGAGAAUUCAAAAGCUACCGAUCCAACGGCUCAUAACGAGUGUCUCAUCGCGAUUAUCAAGAAACUAAACGGCGAGGAUAAGAGAAGGAAGUCAAAAUUAUUAGUAGACGCCACGUCACGUAAAACCCACUGUCUCUAGGACUCGCUUUUUCACCUCUCUAUAUAUAUAAACCAAUCAUCUUUCUUUCUCCUCCAAUUUCAAUCAACACCAACAACAAACCCUAAGCUUUUGGUUUCUGGAUCUGAAACUCUGAUCCAUGACGAUUAUCUUCGAUCGCCACUCAGAUCAGAACGAUGGACGAGAUGAGACUGUAGAGAAGAACCAGGGGAUUGUCAAAGAGGAAGAAACAGAGUUGGUCUUAGAUGCAAGUUUUGAGGCUCCUCAUACCAACUCCUUUGGUCACACCUUCAGGGAUUAUGACGCUGAGAGUGAGAGGAGAAGAGGUGUGGAGGAAUUUUACAGGGUUAAUCACAUUGGCCAAACCGUUGACUUCGUGAGGAAGAGGAGGGAGGAAUACGGGAGGCUAAACCGAACUGAGAUGAGCAUUUGGGAAUGCUGUGAGCUUCUAAAUGAGUUCAUCGACGAGAGUGAUCCGGAUAUGGACGAACCUCAGAUUGAGCAUUUGCUCCAGACAGCUGAAGCCAUCAGAAAAGAUUACCCUGAUGAAGACUGGCUCCAUCUUACCGGCCUUAUCCAUGAUCUUGGAAAAGUUCUUCUUCAUCCUUCAUUUGGUGAGCUACCUCAGUGGGCUGUUGUUGGGGAUACAUAUCCGGUGGGAUGUGCGUUUGAUGAAUCUAUUGUUCACCACAAGUACUUCAAGGAGAAUCAAGACUAUGACAACCCGAGUUACAACACCAAGUAUGGGAUAUACACCGAAGGCUGUGGGCUUGAUAAUGUGUUUAUGUCUUGGGGACAUGAUGAUUACAUGUACCUGGUUGCAAAGGAGAAUCAAACUACAUUACCAUCAGCCAGUCUUUUCAUCAUCAGAUACCAUUCCUUCUACGCUCUUCACAAAUCAGAAGCAUAUAAGCAUUUGAUGAACAAAGAAGACAGAGAGAACAUGAAGUGGCUGAAAGUGUUCAACAAGUAUGAUCUCUAUAGCAAAAGCAAAGUUCGAGUAAACGUGGAGGAAGUGAAACCAUAUUAUCUCUCACUUAUUAACAAGUAUUUUCCGGCGAAGUUGAAAUGGUGAAACUCAACAAGUAAUAAAGUUUUCUAAUAAAAUCGAUGUGAUGAAUGUGAAAAAUAGAUUAUAGAUAUGGAUAUGGCUUGAUGAAUAAAACAGAGUAGUGUUGUUUUGUU